AUGGGAUUAUAUGUAAGUAGGUUAUUUAAUCGUUUAUUUCAAAAAAAAGAUGUUCGUAUUUUAAUGGUGGGGUUAGAUGCUGCAGGAAAAACAACAAUUUUGUACAAAGUAAAAUUAGGGGAAGUUGUUACAACAAUUCCUACAAUAGGUUUCAAUGUUGAAACUGUUGAAUUUCGCAAUAUUUCCUUUACUGUAUGGGAUGUUGGAGGACAAGAUAAGAUAAGACCAUUAUGGAGGCAUUAUUAUUCAAAUACAGACGGUUUAAUUUUUGUUGUUGAUAGUAAUGAUAGAGAAAGAAUUGAUGAUGCUAGAGAAGAAUUACAUAGAAUGAUAAAUGAAGAAGAGUUAAAAGAUGCAAUAAUCCUAGUUUUUGCAAAUAAACAAGAUUUACCAAAUGCUAUGUCAGCAGCUGAAGUUACUGAAAAAUUACAUUUAAACACUAUUAGAGAGAGAAAUUGGUUCAUUCAAUCAACUUGUGCUACAAGAGGAGAUGGGUUAUACGAAGGUUUUGACUGGCUUACUACACAUUUAAAUAAUGCUAAGUAA